AUGCGCCGCACCGCAUUGCGGGCCAUUGAGUCCACGAAGCCGUUGACUAGAGCUCCUCGCGCUGUGUCAAGAAGCUUCUCAACCGUUAACGAUGCGGCCAAGGAUCCCGCCGACCUAGAACAAAUCACCACACUUCCUAAUGGAGUCCGCGUUGCUACGGAAUCAUUACCGGGUCCCUUCGCUGGUGUCGGAGUUUACGUCGACGCUGGAUCCCGCUACGAAGAUGCAAGCCUGCGUGGUGUCAGUCACAUUAUGGAUCGCCUCGCUUUUAAGUCUACCAAGGCACGCUCUGGGGAUCAGAUGCUCGAGAUCCUUGAAUCCCUCGGCGGCAACAUCCAGUGCGCCUCAUCUCGCGAGUCGUUGAUGUACCAAUCCGCCAGUUUCAAUUCGGCAGUUCCUACCACACUCGGUCUGCUGGCAGAGACCAUCCGGGACCCUCUUAUCACCGAAGAGGAGGUGCUUCAACAACUCGCAACGGCAGAGUACGAGAUCGGCGAGAUUUGGGCAAAGCCUGAACUCAUUCUCCCGGAAUUAGUGCACAUGACUGCCUACGCCAACAAUACCCUCGGUAAUCCUCUAUUGUGCCCGGAGGAACGGCUGGGAGAAAUCAACAAGGCAGUGGUGGAACGCUACCGGGAAGUAUUCUUCAACCCGGACCGGAUGGUGGUUGCUUUUGCCGGAGUGCCGCACACAGAGGCCGUUAGGCUCACAGAGCAGUACUUCGGUGAUAUGAAGGCUCGUGACAUCAGUCAGACUAAGGGACCCGUCCUGUCGGGCAGUGGAAUCGAAACAACGCUGUCAGACUCACCGGCGGCUGCCCACGAAGGCCAGGUUCCUACCGUUCCUUCUUUUACUCCAUCAUCGACCAUUAGCAGCCCGGCAGCUUCGCAACGAACACAAUCCUCGCUUUUGUCGAAACUUCCGUUCCUCAAAAAUCUGGCUUCCAACAAGCACACCACAGUCGAGCCCCUCCACCCAUCUUUGGUUGAGCCAUCCGCGUUGGACCUCCGCCAACCCGCCCACUAUACCGGUGGUUUCAUGGCUCUCCCACCCAUCCCUCCUCCAGCGAGCCCCAUGCUCCCCCGAUUGAGUCACAUUCACCUUGCAUUCGAGGCUCUCCCCAUUUCCUCGCCGGAUAUUUAUGCUCUCGCUACUCUCCAGACUCUUCUUGGUGGUGGAGGCUCAUUUUCGGCCGGUGGUCCCGGAAAGGGAAUGUACUCGCGCCUUUACACUAACGUGCUGAACCAGCACGGCUGGGUUGAGAGCUGCAUUGCUUUCAACCACAGCUACACUGACAGCGGAAUUUUUGGAAUUUCCUCGUCUUGUAGUCCAACCCGGACCACAGAGAUGCUCGAGGUUAUGUGCCGUGAGCUGCAGUCCCUUACCCUAGACUCUGGAUACUCCGCACUGCAAGCGCAAGAAGUCAACCGGGCAAAGAAUCAGCUUCGGUCCUCGCUGUUGAUGAACCUGGAGUCUCGAAUGGUCGAGCUCGAGGAUCUUGGACGCCAGGUGCAGGUCCACGGCCGCAAGGUCAGUGUUCGUGAGAUGUGCGAGAAAAUUGAGGCUCUCACUGUUGAGGAUCUCCGCCGUGUGGCUCGCCAAGUUUUCGGUGGUCAGGUUCAGAACAAUGGCAAAGGCACUGGAAAGCCAACUGUUGUGUUGCAGGAAGGCGAAUUGGAGGGCCACAAGCUCCGGUCCUUCCCUUGGGAGGAGAUCCAGGCGCGCAUCGAGCGGUGGAAGCUUGGCCGGAGGUAA